AUGGCUCCUACAAGACCACAUCUGCCUCCAUUGAGCACUCCAAAGAGCAUGACAUUCCCGUCAGAACUCCGAGAGCGCACCUACACAUGUCUCGACUCUGCCAAACCAGUCGACGCCAGCAAAAAGUCAGAAGACAUCGACAUGGCCAUCACCCCGCCAUCAGCAUACACUGAGUUUCUCAAUACCUUCAGUCCCAUCUUUGCCAGCCCUACCAGCUCUCGUGCAAACUUCUCAAAGUACAUGCUGGACAAGCCUCGCCCUUCACCAACCUCUGCGCCCCCGAGCGCUGUUGACUUCCCUUCUUAUCGCUGCCACGGCCGCUCCCACGGUCACCGUCGCAGCAACAGCAAUGGGAGUGCCAACGGAGCCUCAAUCAAGCAUGCUACUCUCCUGCCUACCCCCUCACCCCGCUGCGUGAACAGCCCGAGCAAAAGCCCGGACCAUAUUCGCCGUCUGCGCCUCCCUCCUCCACAGGCGCAACAAGGGCCGGGUCAUCUCUAUACUCCAGUCACACCUUCGCCUCUAAGUGCGGCCAGCGCAUACCCCUACCACCGCCGACAUUCUCCGCGGCCCUCCCACCCGCAUCCGCACCCCUACGCUUACUCUCAGUCUCACUCUCAGUCCCCGUCUGAUUGGCGGUUUCGCCAGCUCGAGACCCCUGCUACAGACGGGUCGUUUAACCUGCGUCAAGUUGUUACGACAACGGUUACGUUCCGUGUUGCACCGAGACUUGCGGCGCCACCGGCGGGGAAGAGGAAGAGGGCUGGAUGCAGGAAGAACUUUUGA